CAAACUUCGCAAGUCUUUGUUCGUGACUCGGAUUCUCAUUCGAGGCGAAAAAAGUGCUGCGGGCGCGUCCCCCCAAAAGUGGAUCUGCGCUCCUGGAGAUGCAGCCGUGAGAUGAGCGUCAGCGAACAAAGCCACUUUACGACGUUUGGGUAGCGCGACAUGCGCUACAGGAGCACACAGCACCAGCGUACUGACCAGGGAACGAUUACGCGCCCGAAUAUCCGCGACUUAAACAGCGGUUCUCUAAAGGUCACAGUGGAUGGGAUUUAGUCCGCCUGCGUCUGCGCCUCUGAGCUCUGGAGUGAAGGCGCAGAGCUGAGAUUUCACACGCCUCGAGAUUCUGGACAGUCUAUGCUGUUGAUCACCCACUGGAUCUCAACAGAGAGCAGCAGCAGUGGAUGUGAUUCUUCAUCCUGCUGGUUAAAAUAAGAGCUGCUGUGUUCGGGCUGAAGGGACAGCACUCCUCGCGCGCUCGCGGACCACGGUAGUGUGUCUUUAGAGUGAUGGCGGCGUGGGCACCUUCCUCCUCCGCCGGCGAGCCAGAUCCCAACACGGCUAAUUUACGACCACCUUCCUCAAGCUAUGACUGGAGCGGAGUCGCACACGGGUGUACGAGAAAACUGGGGAUGAAGAUCUGUGGAUUUUUACAGAAGAAUAAUAAUCUGGACGAGAAGAGUCGGAUUGUAGGCGCUUUUACCGAGCAACCAUCUUCAAAAAACCUGUUAACCCGGGACAACGAGAGAGAGUCCCACUUCAGACACACAGAAACGGACUUCUCCAACCUGUACGCUAGAGAUUUACUGCCUGCCAAAAAUGGAGAAGAGCCUACUAUCCAGUUCCUGCUGGAGCUGGUGGAUAUCCUCACAAACUAUGUGCGCAAGACAUUUGACAGAUCCACCAAAGUGCUGGAUUUCCACCACCCACACCAGCUGCUGGAGGGUAUGGAGGGCUUCAACCUGGAGCUUUCAGACCAACCAGAGAGCCUGGAGCAGAUCCUGGUGGACUGUAGAGACACACUCAAAUACGGCGUGAGGACAGGUCACCCAAGGUUUUUUAACCAGUUGUCGACCGGACUGGACAUCAUUGGCCUGGCUGGCGAGUGGCUCACCUCGACUGCAAACACUAAUAUGUUCACGUAUGAAAUCGCUCCAGUGUUUGUGCUAAUGGAACAGCUGACUUUGAAGAAGAUGAGGGAGAUAGUUGGAUGGCCUAAUGGAGAAGGAGAUGGCAUAUUUUCUCCAGGAGGAGCAAUCUCCAACAUGUACAGUGUGAUGAUAGCUCGGUAUAAGCACUUCCCUGAGGUGAAGACUAAAGGCAUGACAGCAGCUCCUAGACUCGUGCUCUUCACUUCUGAACAUAGCCACUACUCCAUAAAGAAAGCCAGUGCAGCUCUUGGGUUUGGCACAGAAAACCUGAUUUUGCUGAGUACAGAUGAGAGAGGUAGAGUCAUUCCUGCUGAUCUGGAGGCCAAGGUCAUUGAUGCCAAAAAGAGGGGGUGUGUUCCGCUCUUCGUGAACGCCACAGCUGGCUCCACGGUCUACGGAGCUUUCGACCCCAUCAAUGAGAUUGCAGACAUCUGUGAGAAAUACAACAUGUGGCUCCAUGUGGACGGAGCCUGGGGAGGUGGACUACUGAUGUCCAGAAAGCACAGACACAAGCUGAAUGGCGUCGAGAGGGCAAACUCUGUCACGUGGAAUCCUCACAAGAUGAUGGGCGUUCCAUUACAGUGCUCUGCCAUUCUGGUCCGAGAGAAGGGGCUUCUGCAGGGCUGCAAUUCUAUGUGUGCCGGCUACCUGUUCCAGCCUGAUAAACAGUACGAUGUCACCUACGAUACUGGCGACAAGGCCAUACAGUGCGGCAGACACGUGGACAUCUUCAAGUUCUGGCUCAUGUGGAAGGCAAAGGGUACCAUUGGAUUUGAGAAGCAUAUAGACCGGUGUUUGGAGCUUUCUGAAUAUCUCUACAAUAAAAUCAAGAAUAGAGAAGGCUAUGUCAUGGUUUUCCAGGGACAGCCUCAGCACACUAAUGUGUGCUUCUGGUACCUUCCCCCAAACUUACGUGGCAUGCCAGAGGGAGACGAGAAGAGACAGAGGCUCCAUAAGGUGGCCCCCAAAAUCAAGGCAAUGAUGAUGGAGUGCGGAACAACAAUGGUGGGCUACCAGCCACAAGGAGAUAAAGUCAACUUCUUCAGGAUGGUCAUUUCAAACCCGGCCGCCACCAGGUCAGACAUCGACUUCCUGAUCGAUGAGAUCGAAAGACUGGGCCAGGAUUUAUAAAGAGCGCACAGACCUUUUAGCCAGCUGUCACUGAAGCGAUGGUCAGUGGACACUGGGCCGGGAUAGAUGCCCCUGAUGGAGCUCUAACAACAAUUCAACAUAGUUUAGCCAACAUUCUGGCAACCCUCGAUUUCACACAAUUUCACCUUUGUCUGAUUAGCCUACUGGUCCAUCAUGGACAUAUGUGAAGCAUGACCUUCUUUAUGAGAUUUCAUAAAACGAUAUUGAUAAACCACAGCAUUAAAAAAAAACAAUAAUGUCCAGUGGAAAAGUGCGAUUGGUGCUGGAUAUAUUAAAGGAUUACUAUGGUGUUUUUCUGACUUAUCACCACCUUGCACAGAUGUAGCAUAUUGGUUUAUUCAUUACCAUAGACAAUAGAAUGUAUUGUAACCAUAUGCCGUUAUAUAUGUGGUAACUGACAAUAUGCUACAGACAUAGUUUAGAAAAAUACUGUAGUAUUCCUUUACAUUUUCCAAAUGAAUUACAGCUGUUCCAUGAUGGAGCUGUACGUGAAGGUGAAGCCCUGUAAAGGCAGUGCACCAGCUGAAGGAGAAGAUAUCAUCUGCUUUAUUCUACUCUCUCAGUGUGAAUAAAAAAAACCUGUUUCACUCGUAACCUCGUAACCCGUAAAAGUUUCACUAGGUAUAAAUACAGUACAGUAGACUCCAGAGUUCUCUGCACUAAUAUACUAUGUAUAUAAAUACUAUAUACAUUUUAAAAAUACUCUGAAAUUUCUCGAAAUCAAAUAACUGUUGGUUCUAAGUGUUGUUAAUGUGAUUACACAUAAGUCAGAUGCAUAUCUUAGCUGUUUUCCUGUGGUAUAAGUGAAUGGACACUAAUGCAAUCAUCACCAUCCCACCAGGAACUGUAUUCAAUUGCUGUGUUUUUAGAACUAAAAGUCCUUUAUGUAGACUGUGUACAUUAUUGUUAUAUGGCCUUUGUGACAAACAUAUUGCAUAGUUUUACAGUGAGAAGCAUUUAAAUAGUGAUGACCAAUUCAAUAGAGAUAUUUAUUAAGAUUUUAUUUAUACGAAGAGAUUAAACUGUGUGAAAGAUGUCUUUUCCUCCAUUUGUAAAGGGAUCCUUAUUUGUAUUUCGAGAGAAUUAUUACGACCAGAGUGUUUUAAUCAAUGUUUUAGAGACUUCAGUGUAUUCAUUGACCAAAGACAUGGAAUGAAGUGGUGUUUAUUUAUUCGUCACUUUAAUCUGUACUACACAAUUAACCUAGAUGAAGUGAUCAGUGUGAAAAACGACAUCAAAGAGCACAUUCAAUAUAACCGUAGUGCAAUCAGUGUGGUGUAGCUGUGAUUGUCACUAUUAUUAUACAUACACAAUGAAUGUUCUAAGUAAUCGUAGUUGUAGUCGAGUCCAGUGAAAAGAGGCGGCUGAGUUCUAGCUAGUAUUGCUGGUUCUUGGUAAGAGAAGCACAACAGAUGUUUAUCCCUUAAAAUUCAAGUAUAUAUAUACAUAUAUAUGUAUUUUAUUAAUAUUUGGAGAGGAAUUUUAUUCACGUUUUAAUAAAUGAAGGAUUGCUUUUGAAAUCUACACUGAAAAAAAGAGCUUUUGAUUCAAGCGUAUACUGUUACUUCAAUUCAGUUCCUACCAAAAUAAGUGAAAUAAAAGUAACUGCACAGUAAUUGUGGUGAUUUAAGGGAUUCUUUCUUGCACAUAUGAAUCAGUCACAUACAGAACUGUGCAGAAUUCUUUGGCCAUUUUUAGUCAAAAGUCUGGCUUUAAAAUAAAUACAUAUAAACCACAAACAAUACUCUGAUCAAAUGUGUGUGAGUGUGGUUGCCCUGGUAGUCACUGCGGAAAUGAAUAGCAUUUAAAUGUUAAUGGUUACCUAAGACCAUUGCACAGUCCUGUACAUUUAAAGCACCAUGUUUUCAGUGUAGAUUUGGACUAAAUUAUAUAAUUAUUAGUUCUUCUGCAUUGCAAUUGCUUUUCAGUCUAAGAAUGGGUUUCAGGCCUGAAGGAUUUGUUUCCUGAGGCCAGAUUCUCAAUAUAAAAGUGUGUAGAGAGAGACCUGGGCUGUUUAUCAGAAGCAGUAGGAGAGAUGAUGUAUUUACAGACAGAGUGGUGGUUAUAUACAGGCGAGUCUGAGAGAUAAGACAAGCACUUUAAUCUACAGUCACACACUAACGUGAACUUGUGCAGAACUGCUGUCAUAUAAACACUGCAAAUAAAACACUCAGCUUUCAGUC